GUUUGUACAUGCAGUGAUCUAGUUUUUAGAACCUUCUUAUAAUGGCUACAGUAGUUUCUCAAGUUGCUGUCAACCUAGAAAAGCCUGUCGAUAGAGAGAAGACUUGCCCACUACUUUUACGAGUCUUCUGUGCCAACGGGAGACAUAAUCCGAUCUCUGACUAUAUGAGGGGUGGAGUUCCUGCAAAUGAACUUCAGAUGUAUACUUGGAUGGAUUGCACCCUCCGUGAACUUACUUCGCUCAUCAAGGAGGUUAACCCUGAUGCGCGUCGUCGCGGCACUACCUUCGACUUCGCUAUAGUAGCCCCUGAUCGUAUGAAUAACCGUUACACCAUCCGCGACAUCGGAAAUACUAUGAAUGGCCAGAGGGGCGUCGAUGACGGAAAAUCGCUCUCCAUGUGCAAGUUUGAGAUUGGAGACUUCAUUGAUGUGGCAAUUACUAUGCCUGGGGUUGGACCAGGACCAGUGAGAAGGUACGGAUCAUUUGGUAUGAGGCGCAAUGGGGAUGACUUUGAUAGGGAUAGAAGAAGGUUCAGUCCUGUUCGAGAAAGGUAUUGACAAUGAUCUCUAUGCACCUCUUGCAAAACACUAUGCUCCAUGAGCUUCUUCAUCGUUCAACUGUGGUUUUGUUGUUUGUUGCGAGUUAUACUCGUUAUUUUCAAUUUUAGUAUGAACUAUGUACUUUUGGUAAGAUAUUUUUUGUUUUUUGAAUAACUAUUACCGAAUAAAACGGAAAUAAAUUUCUGGACACAUGACUGACUCCUG